AUGUCCUGGCUAGCCCCUGUUCAUCCACCCUCUGAACCAAAAGCACAGCCUUCACCAUCAUCAUCAGUAUCACAAGCACAACCACAACCACAACCACAACCACAAUCUCAACCAGAAGACGCCCGCCGCAUCCACCAAAUCGUCCGGCUCAACCCGCAAGACUACGCCGCGUACAAAGAAUGCCACGCCAAAGUAUGGCCCGAAGUGGUGGCGCAGAUCCGCGCGUCCAACAUCGCGGACUACUCGAUCGCCUACGACCGCGACACGUCCCUCCUGUUUGCCUCGUUCAAGUACACGGGGCGGGACUUUGAGGCCGACAUGGCCAAGAUGCGCGCGCACGAGCCGACGCGCCGCUGGUGGGCCAUGACGGAUGCGUUUCAGCAGAGCGUGAAUCCGGGGGCUGUGAGUUCGGAAAAGGCCGGUACCGUGGGCGAGGAUGGGAAGAAGGUUCCGGGAUGGUGGAAGGAGUGUGAGGAGUUGUUUUACUUGCCUUAG